ACAGCAUCACCUCCUGUAUAGAGGUCUGACUGAGGGUGAUCAAUUAACGCGAUCAGUGAGAUAUUGAUUAUUAAUGAGGUUGUUUUGGAUGUGUGUUCGCCACACCCUCGAUGCGCAGCACUGACUCACAUUGCGCACAUUCACACCGAAAAACAACAGUGAACCCUCGACAGCACACAUCAGCCAUGGGAGAAUCAGAGACGCGUCAGAGACUCCUGCGCACCGUGAAGAAGGAGGUGAAGCAGAUCAUGGAAGAGGCCGUGACCCGCAAGUUUGUGCAUGAAGACAGCAGCCACAUAUUUUCGUUCUGUGGUGUGGUUGAAGCGUGUGUGCUUCACGGGCUGAAACGGCGAGCCGCUGGAUUCCUGCGCAGUAACAAGCUGGCAGCUCUGUUCAUGAAGGUGGGGAAGAUGUUACCUCUGGCUGAAGAGCUGAGCAGAAAGGUCCAGGAACUGGAACAAAUCAUCGAGACCAAACAAAACCAGGGCCAGAUGAGUCAAGACAGCGUCAGAAAACAGCCCAGACUGCCCAACCUGUCACCGCUGGCCAUCAAACACCUGUGGAUCCGCACAGCGCUCACAGAGAAGGUGCUGGACAAAAUCGUCCUUUAUUUGGUGGAGAACAGCAGUAAGUUCUAUGAAAGAGAAGCUCUGCUGAGGGACCCAGUCGACGGUCCAAUUCUUGCAUCUUUGCUUGUUGGUCCCUGUGCUUUGGAGUACACAAAAGCAAAGACGGCCAACCACUUCUGGACGGAUCCGUCGGCUGAUGAAUUGGUGCAAAGACAUCGUAUUCACAGCGGUCACUGCCGGCAAGACUCGCCCACUAAACGCCCAGCGCUCAUUCAGAAACGUCAGUCGAGUGGCAGUAUGGACGACCGACCGUCCCUCUGGGCUCGGGAUUAUGUGGAAUCCCUCCAUCAGAAUUCCAGAGCCACGUUACUCUUCGGAAAGAACAAUGUCCUGGUGCAGCCUACGGAUGAUAUGGAAGCGAUCCCAGGAUAUUUCUCUCUUCAUCAGACGGCCGAUCUAAUGACGCUGAAGUGGACUCCAAACCAGCUGAUGAACGGCAACAUGGGGGAGUUUGAUUAUGAGAAAAGUGUGUAUUGGGAUUAUGCAAUGACUAUUCGUCUAGAGGAAAUCGUGUAUUUGCACUGCCAUCAACAAGUGGACAGUGGUGGUACGGUGGUUUUGGUCAGCCAAGAUGGAAUCCAGAGACCACCGUUCCGGUUCCCAAAAGGAGGUCAUCUCUUGCAGUUCCUCACAUGCCUAGAAACAGGCCUUCUUCCUCAUGGACAGUUAGAUCCUCCGCUGUGGUCACAACGAGGAAAGGGAAAAGUGUUCCCAAAACUGCGUAAAAAAAGUCCUCAUGGAUCCUGUGAGUCAUUCUCAGACAAAGACGAAGAUGAAGCCACUGACUACGUUUUUCGGAUAAUAUAUCCAGGCAGUCAGGAGUUUGUGGCACCAGAACUGAUCGAUCAGACAGUGAACAUGUGGCAGCCCACACCCAGGAAGUCGUCUUGUUCUUCCUGUUCUCAGAACGGAUCAUCCGAUGGUGGACUUCCUAAUGGGUGCAACCAUGAAAGGGCGCCACUGAAGUUACUCUGCGAGACCAUGAAACACCAGAUAAUUUCUCGUGCUUUCUACGGCUGGUUGGCGUACUGCCGUCACCUGUCCACCGUCCGCACACACCUGUCAGCUCUAGUCAACUUCACCAUCGUCGAGCCUGAUAUUCCUUAUGAUGCUAAAGGAGGACUUUCAGCAGAAGUGUGGAAAACGUUUCUACAGGACAGCGCUUCUUAUGAGGAAGAGGAACUUUUGCGUCUGGUGUAUUAUGGUGGUGUAGAGCCAUCUCUGCGUAAAGAUGUCUGGCCCUUCCUGUUAGGACACUAUCAAUUCACCAUGACACUUCAAGAACGGAAAGAGGUGGAUGAGCAGAUUCGAGCAUGUUACGAGCAGACGAUGAGCGAGUGGUUGGGGUGUGAAGCCAUCAUACGACAGCGUGAGAAGGAACAGCACGCUGCUGCUCUCGCUAAAUGUGCGUCGGGUGCUAGCGUGGACCGCGAAUCGUGCCACGACUCCACCAUCAGCACGGAUUCGUCGCAGAGCAGCAGUUCGGAUAAACACAGUCACGCUUGUUCAAAGAGCGACUCCAACAGCAGCACUCAGGUAUUUGGGUCUGUUGAUGAGGUGGACCCAAUUGAAUCUGAGCCUAAACCAAAAGAUGAGAAGCCGCAGCCCAAAAUUCCCAAUGGAGCACUCCCAAACCGCACUAGUUCUCCGGACUCUGGCCAUCCAUCAUCUCGUAACUUCUCCGUGACUUCCGGUAUGUCAGACUGCUCUCCGAGCACCGAGGAGACUUCAACACAAGAGUCUGGACCCAAAACCACAGCUCAAGAACCGUCGGCUUCGACCUCAGAGGUUCCGUCUGAAGUUCACACCGAUAUUCCUCCAAAGUCUAAAGAGGAGAUAUUGCAAAACAUCUCCACCACUCGGGACACAGCGAAGGAAGAUACUGCCAUUUCACAAACAGAGAGCAUUAUUUCUGACGUUGAGGUGGUUAAACCUCCAGUAAGUGGCAAACCACAAACCUCUGAUGCUGAAGAAUCAUGUAGGACUGAAACACACAAGUCAGUAGUUUCCGAAGAAGACCCAAACUCAAAAAAUGCAACUGAAGGUGCAGGAAUCACUGAACCUAAAAUGCAGCCCCGCCCUGAAACUGAAGCCAGAAAACCUUCUGAUGACAAUGAAAAUGAGUGUGAACUUCAAUCAUCAAAAGAUCCAAUUGAAGAAAUGAUCAUGGUUGGGGGAUGUGUUACUUCAACGUCUCUAGAAGACAACACAAGAUCAAAGACUGACCAGACGACAGAUUUAGAAGUUGAGGAAAGCAAAGACACUGACUCCAAAUGUAGUGAUCCAGACCUGAAAGAGGACGUCAAAAUCUCUCAAAGAGAUGAAAACAAACCUGAAGCUUUAGGUGAACACAGAACCUCUGAGAUGACCAGCAACCCUGAGGAGAAAAUUUCUACAAACGUCUCUGAACGUUCAUCUGAGCCAAACAAUCCAACGGAUGCUGAAAACUCCACUACACCACAAAUGACUCGCUGGGAUUCUGAUCGCAGUAGAGCCACAUCAAUAAUCAAACAAUUGACCGAAUCAGAGUCAGAAAGCUGUGGUCCGAUCACCUCGCUAUCAAAACAAUCUUCAGACAUGUCCGACGACUCGCCUUCAGCCUUGGAAAUGGAGGAGAUUUCUUCGUCUGUAGUUCACAUGCCAUUGGAGUGUAACAUAUUGAGGACGCCUCUUACAUUGGCUCGUCCCAUUGCGGUGUCCGCCUCUGGGGAGAUAUUGGCCAUGCGAAUGCCAGCUUUGGAGCUCUGCUUGGAGCCCGGUGUGAACAUGAGCCCGGAGGGAACGGAAUCUGCGCUCUCCGAGGAAGAACCGGAGAUGGAGAACUUAUUUCCCAAUCCAGACUCUCUGGCAGUCACAGGAGAACACAGUAACGUCAUAGCAUCUCCGGUGUCGUCAAUUGGGACCACUUACUCACAAGAGCUAGUAGACCUGUACACACUCAAUCUACACCGUAUUGACAAAGACGUCCAGCGAUGUGAUAGAAACUACUGGUAUUUCACUCCGGCCAACCUCGAGAAACUACGCAACAUCAUGUGCAGUUAUGUGUGGCAGCAUCUUGACAUCGGUUAUGUCCAGGGAAUGUGUGAUUUACUUGCACCCCUGCUGGUCAUUCUGGAUGAUGAGGCGAUGGCUUUCAGCUGCUUCACAGAGCUCAUGAAGAGAAUGAAUCAGAACUUUCCUCACGGUGGCGCUAUGGACACGCACUUUGCCAACAUGCGCUCACUUAUCCAGAUUCUGGACUCUGAACUGUUCGAGCUCAUGCAGCAGAACGGAGAUUACACACACUUUUACUUCUGUUACCGCUGGUUCCUCCUAGACUUCAAGAGAGAAAUGGUGUAUGACGACGUGUUCUCCGUAUGGGAGACCAUCUGGUCCGCCCGUUACGCCUCAUCGGAGCACUUUGUACUCUUCAUCGCGCUGGCUUUGGUGGAGCUGUACCGCGACAUCAUCCUGGAGAACAACAUGGACUUCACGGACAUCAUCAAGUUCUUCAAUGAAAUGGCUGAACGUCAUGACGUCCCAAAGCUGCUGGUGAUGGCGCGAGACUUGGUCCACAAAGUCCAGAUUCUCAUUGAGAAUAAGUGAUUGGGUUUUUCUCAUUUUGCCCUGCAUUAGGAUACGAAAAGACUCUCUGUGCCUGUUCAAGGCCAUAUAAACAAAACAAACACCUGAGCUGAAGCAAAUGACAAAAGCAGUUUUGCUUUAUCGUCUAAAAUUGCCCAAACAGUUGUAUUUUACACCACAGAUCCACAAAGAGAGGCUUUCAGUCAUUCGAGAGAUGUUUGCCAAUUAAUCAAUGUGACUAUGUGUGAUUCAGAUAUGAUCUCGGUAGCUUAAAGACCCCAUGAACGAAUUGACAAAUGCAGUUUUCUGUUCUGUGUUGAUGUUUUUCCCAUUGAAACAGGAAGCCAAUAGCCUUUAGGUGACUAGAUUUUGUUUACUUUUUAUUUUUACUAUGUAUUUUUGGUCUUUUCCAGAAGAGAAAGACAUUAACUUUAAAAUGCAUAUGUCUGUUAAAAUGAUUUUUUUGCCACUUUUAGGUGUACACUAACAUAUAAUUGACCUCAAAUCUAACAGACAUGGCUUAAAGAGUAAAGAUGAUUAAUUACAGAAUAUACGUAUAAGAGAGAUAUUAAAGAAUACAUGCAGAAUAGUUUUGGAUAGAAAGGUUGUGGAUGUCGACAAAUUGCUAAUAUAUAUAUAUAUAUAUAUAUAUAUAUAUAUAUAUAUAUGAUUAUCUAUAAAGGCAAUGAUGUGUGACAAAAUGCUAAAGUGCACCCUUUCUAACACAGAUUUUCUAAAAGCACAAAUUAUUAAAAACAAUGCUGUAUAUGUAUUUAUUUUUAAAAUAUAUGAAAACGAAAGUGGGUU